CCAUCAUCUAGCGACUUUUCAAGCCUCGACGUGAUCUUCUUCUUCCACCUCCAGCCAAGCGGAGCUCAGGGAAGGGAAACAUGUCUGCGAAGGCCGGUAAGAUCCUGGUCGAGUCGGAUGCAGGGUCAUACGUGGCGUGGUCCGGCGCUGAUCAGCCGGAGCUCGCCGUGGAGGGGCUCGGGUGCGGCCUGCUCGUGCUCAAGCCCCUCGGCCUCGCGAUGCCGCACUACGCCGACUCCCCCAAGUUCGGCUACGUGCUCGGAGGCAGCGGGGUGGUCGGGGUCCUCCCGGUGGGGGGCGGCGCCGCGGAGAGGGUCGUCCGGCUCGACGCAGGCGACGUCAUCUCCGUGCGCAGGGGGGACGUCUCGUGGUGGUACAACGACGACGCCAACGCGGCCGGCGCCGACCUGUCCAUCGUGUUCAUAGGCGACACGGCGCGCGCCGUCAGCCCGGGGGACAUCUCCUACUUCUUUCUCGCCGGCGGCAACAGCGUCCUGCGCGGCCUCGACGCCGCGGCGUGGGCGCCGGGCGUGACCGCAGAGCAGGCCGCCACCGCGUUCGGGAGCCAGCCGGCCGUUCUCCUCACGAGGCUGAGCGAGAGGCUGCCCGGCGUGUGCCCGCGCGAGCACGACAGGAAAGGGCUCGUAACCAACGCCGGCCACGUCGCCGCCGGGACCGUGAAGACGCUCACCGCGGCGGACCUGGGUGAUCUCGGGAUCAGCGCGGCGCUCGGGAGGCUCGAGGCCGGUGCUGCACGCGCACCGUGGGUGGUCCGGGAGGGCGCGGCGCAGGCGGUGUACGUGGCGCGGGGGAGCGCGCGCGUCCAGGUGUCGUCCAACGCGGGUGGCGAGACGCUGCUGCUGGACGUGGAUGUCCCCGCGGGCAGCGUGUUCGUGGUGCCGCGGUUCGCCGUCGCGUUCCUCGCCGCCGGCGCCGACGGCGUGGAGUGGGUGUCGCUGAUCAAGAGCCCCAGGCCGGCGGUGGAGCAGCUGACCGGGGAGGGCUCGGUGCUCGGCGGCGUCGCGGCGGAGGUUGUGCAGGCCUCGCUAAACGUGGCGCCGGAGCUGGUGGAGCUGCUCGGAGGAGGCCGCCGUGCCGCACCGUCGAACUGA